AUGGUCUACACCUCCCCUCGGACUCUCGUACUGGCGUUUUUACUAUGGUUGACAACAUCCCAACCCGCGCAAGCCGCGGAAACAGCCUCACUCGUCCUAGGCACCGCAACACAAAAUCAGCAGAGCGUCGUCGUCUACACAGCGCAAGCACUACCUUCAACAGACACACCAGCAGAAGCCAUCUUCUCCGCUGCACUACUUGUGCUUUCCGCCUACUACGAAACGACGAGGCCCACAGAUACAGCACCAGCAAGUUGGCCGGAGACAUUAGCCAUCAACGGGAUCAUACUGGACAUACAGUCUGCACGGCCAACUCCGAAACCUUCAUCAGCCACAAGUCAGCGUACUAUGGUCUCCACUACAGCCCGCCCAAAAUCAACAAUUUCCUCAAUCCGGUCAUCAUCACGACUUACGACGACUUCCGCCCUGUCUUCAUCAAUGAGUUCGAAGACAUCUAGCACUACUCAUACUUCGACCACAACACACAGAUCGUCAUCGACACCGAGCGCGGUGCCCAAUGAUGACAGUAACAAAAAUAGCAGCGACGUGGAUCGUAUUGCUGCUAUCGUCGUCGGCACCAUUCUUAUCUUCAUCGCACUGGCCUUCAUGCUCUUUCUGAUCGGCAUGGUCUUUCGAAGGAAGAAGAGCACUGGUAGAUUCUCCAAACCAGCAAGAUACUCAGUCGCCUCCAUGAUGACUGGAACCCUACGAGGUGGAACUAGCGACAGAGCAUCGCGCCGAGUGCCCACCCCGACUGCCGUCAGAACACUCAACGAAGCCAACGAGAAGGCCUUAGCAAGCGAAGACGGCCGCAUCAACAACGACGCAGCAUGCCCAGCGCCGCUGAUAGCCCGGAACAGCACCAUCCGCCCCGUGACAGAAAGCCCAGCAAGUUCCACCUGGUCCAGCCGCCGCUCCGUCGAACGUUUUCGAACUAAACACCUCGUCUCUCAAGGCCAAUGGCGCGACAGCCCCCACGAGCUUCCCGGUGUUGAAAGCGCCCACGAGCUAGAUGCAACGCCCAUCACCCCUGGCGGCAUCUCAAGACAACCCUCCUUCAGCUCCUCCGACGCAGACGACUUCACACCUACACCCACCCCGGCACCUUUCUACCGCGACGAAAGCCCACAGCCACACUCAAUGGUCGUGAUCCACAGUCCCACGACUUCAUCGUCCGGCUUCCGCGACUCGGAAUCUCGACAUCUUACCUCUUCCUCAGGACGAGGAGAAUCCCGCGACGCCAUCACGCCGAUCGUCACACCCGUUGCAUCCUAUCGCGACCGGAGGCCAGCAAACCUGACCCUGUCUGGCGCUAACAAUCGAUUCCGAGACCAGAGAUUGGUGCCUAUGGUCCACUAUCACGAUGACUCGCCGGAUGGUGUAUCACCUCUAUACAGAGGUCGGGUGUCGCCAUUGUACAGACGAAAGUCUUCAUCGCCGUCGCCGGGCUAUGGGGCGAAUGGUGGGUACUCGCCUAGUCCAAGCCCGGGUACAGAGGGAGGGUGUCGCCUCUAG